UCCCAGAGAUGUAUCUUACAAUCAAUUUUCAGGAAAUUUUCCAACAUGGUCCAACAACCCAGCUUUGAAAUCAAAUCUGGUAGGAAAUCACUUUGAAAUAAGUGAGACAAAUAAUGGACUUGCUUUGAGUAGAUUGGCUUGCCUCCAACGGACUUUUCCUUGUAAUAGAGGAGCUCCACGCUAUUCUCACUUUGCAAUAAACUGUGGCGGCUUACAAAUGACUUCCCAGCAAGGAAUUGAUUAUGAAAGUGACAACGAAACACUUUAUCCUGCCUCAUUUUACGUGAGUGACACACUAAGGUGGGAAUCAGCAAUACUGAAAAUUUUAUGGAUAAUUCCGCAGAGAGUUUUACAGAAUCCAGUCAAUCUCAAUUUGCAAAUAAAUUAGAUGGAGAACUCUACCAAACGGCACGCUUAUCUCCCAGUUCACUAAGAUACUAUGGCUUAGGUCUUGAAAAUGGACCGUAUACAGUAAAACUACAAUUUGCUGAAAUAAAUAUUCUAGACAAAGGAAGCUGGAAGAGUCUUGGAAAACGCAUUUUUGACGUUUUUAUACAGGGGAAUAAGGUAUUAACGAAUUUCAACAUCCAAAAGGAAGCUGGAGGUUCAUUUAUAUCAGUUGAUCGAUCUUUCAGCGCGAAUGUUACUGAAAAUUUCCUUGAAAUUCAUAUUUUCUGGGCUGGGAAGGGAACAUGCUGUAUUACAAAACAAGGAACCUACGGACCUUUAAUAUCAGCCAUAAGUGUUACACCUGAUUUCACUCCUACUGUUUCGGAUCGUCCACCUUCCAAUUCCUCCUCGAAGAAAAUCACGCAUGGAUUAGUGAUUGGAAUUAUUUUCGGUGGAAUGGCUUUUGUUAUGGUAUGUCUUGUUUUUACCAUUUUGUGGCUCAGGAGAUUCAGAAAAUCCUUGGAAGCCCGUGGUCAAGUUCACGAAGGUAAUGGCCAGAGCCAUUCGGAGGUGAAAUUUCAGGAAUGAUAUAUCUUCCUUCUAAUUGGGUUGAGUUCAAAUUGGCGUAAUUCGGGAAUAGUAUUGCUUCUGUAUCAGCAUUUAAGAAGAACUGGAAUAUUUUUAUAUCCAGAGGUGCUAUAUAUAGAGAGGUAUAGAAAUGUCUUUAUGUCAUAAUUAUAUGUAAAAAUAAAAAAUUCAAUAAAAAUAUAAUAAAUACUGUAUAUAAUGUAUCGAUAAAUACAAUGGUUAGGAAACUACAAA